AUGCCUGCUUCAAUACCAGCACUGAAAUUUUGCACAGUUUGUGCUUCUAACAAUAACAGAUCCAUGGAAGCUCACAAAGUGUUGAAGGAACACGGAUAUCUGGUGAGAUCAUAUGGUACAGGGUCUGCUGUAAGGCUUCCUGGACCAUCUAUUGAUCGGCCGAAUGUUUUCUCGUUUGGAACACCAUAUACAAAAAUAAUGGAAGUUCUCAACUCACAAGAUCUCAAGAUGCACAAAAGCAACGGAGUGUUGGAUAUGACGAAGAGGAACAUCAAGGUGAAAAAGGCCCCUGAAAGAUGGCCUUACUAUAAUCAGCCGCUACAAGUACUUGACUCGGAUGAGCAUCCUGGAUUUAAAGAUGAGUUAGAUUUCCAAGUGGUGAUAACAUGCGAAGAGAGAUGCUUCGAUUCAGUUGUGGAUGACUAUUUGACGCGGAACUACUUUGAUCCAGACUCGGUGAACAGCAUUGUGUACUGUUUUAACGUCGAUAUACGAGAUGAUCACGAAAGUGCGCGUGCAGGAGGUCGUGCAAUAUUAGAUCUUGCAAAUAUGCUCAAUUCGGCAUAUCAAGAAGGCUACAAGCAGCUGGCGGGGGGAGAAGCCGAUGCUGAGCCGUUUGAGGAUAGAAUACCAGACUUGAUAACUACAUGGCAAAAGAAAUAUCCGAAUCUCCCGCUUCUUCAUGCUCUUUGCUACCAUUGA